AUGCCAGCCACAGGAAGUUGGUCUCUCCUACUGCUUUCACUUCUGUUCUGGUCGCUUCGGCUUGACCUCUCUCUCUCUUUCUCACUGAAAAACUGCACAAUUAGCUACUUUCCUGCUGAUGCUAAUGCUAAUGGUGUGGCUGUGGAAUGCUCCAGCCGUAAACUGGCUGUUAUCCCAAACGACGUUCCCAGGAACACUACAUCCCUGGACCUGUCUAUGAACAGAAUCGUGAGGAUCUCCACCGUGGAUUUACGAGGUCUUUUCAAGCUCAAGGAUGCACAAUUCCACAACAACUGGAUUUCACACAUCGACGACCGAGCAUUCAAAGACUUGAAGGAUCUGAAUAAUCUGGACAUUGCAGGCAACAAACUGACGGAGCUGACAGAUGACAUGUUUGAAGGCCUGACCAGAUUAGAAACUCUGGUCCUGAAUGACAACCAGAUCUCCUCCAUCUCCUCCGGGGCCUUUCAGCAUCUGCUCAGUGUACGCCUGAUAGAACUAGGUGAGAAUAACUUGACCCAGAUCUCCGACGUUGUCCCAGCUUUCAAAGUGCCUACAUUAAAAACUCUGCAACUUGAGUUCAAUAACUUUGAGUCUUUGGAGUUUGACAGUCUCUCUGUUGGCUCAUCCAGCCUCACAUCUCUUGACCUGAGCAUCAAUCCUCUGACCAGGUUCAGCCUCAAAGAGGACGUCUUCCCCCACCUGCAGAACCUGGGUUUCGACGAAUGUUUCCAGGACAUGAAGUGGGAAGUAGCAAACAAGACCUUUCUAAGGAGCCUGGAUCGGCUGACCCUCAGCGGGACCUCCAUUAGUUUUAAGACGUACAAAGAGAUGCUGCAGACCACUGACAACAUCCAAAACCUUGUGAUGGCUAACAUGGAUAUCUGGGUGAAGUCUGACCUGGUGAGCAUCGCCUGUCAAAUCUCUUCUCUGAGCUCUAUGUUCCUGACAGGGAACAAUCUGGGAUUCUUGAACAGACACAUGUUGCACUCCUGUUCAGGCCUCACAAAACUCAACCUGUUCCUGAACCAGCUGACCGGUAUGUCCGAGGACGCCUUCCAGCCGACGCCUCUGCUCCGGGUCCUGCUGCUCAGCUCCAAUCGCCUGACCGAAGUGCCAGCAGCGCUGCUGACGCUGUCCUCGCUGGAGAAGCUGGACCUAAGCUCCAAUUUCAUCACUCAGCUCCGCUGCUCCGACUUCCACAACCUGACAAGGCUGCUGAGCAUCAACCUGCAGCUCAACCGCAUCUUUAGUCUGAAGCCUUGUGUCUUCCAGAACCUGCAGGACCUGAAACAGCUUUAUAUUGGGCAAAACUCUUUCUUCAUUGUUGGAGAUUGCUUUAAAGUUCAUUUAUGGAAACUGGAGUCUUUGGAUCUAUCCAUGAAUGAAAUGACAACUAUCCAGGAAGGAGAUUUCGCGACUCUGUCCUCGCUUCAGGACUUGAUUUUACUGUCUGAUAAGAGCUACCGAGUGGCACAUGGAGCUUUUCGAGGGCUCGACAGUCUUCAAACCCUCAGUUUGAAUCUGGCUUUCUUCCCUAAUGAGGUUUUCAGUUGGCUACCGAGUUUAGAAACUCUGAAUAUUCAUCUGAUCUUGACCGUGGAUGAUGUGACAGUAAACGAUAACCCGCCUUUCUCCAACUUGUCCAGAUUAACAAAUCUCACAAUCAAAGUUGUCAACAUAUGCCGUGUUCUAAUCACACCCAAUCUGCUUAGUGGACUGAAGUCUCUGCAAUACUUUUGGACUGAUGCAUUCUUCACAGGUUCUUUACACCCAGACACUUUUAAAUACACCCCCAGACUGAGAAGUCUUAAGAUAAUCCGAAGCAAUCUGUUGGAAUUGUCUCCAGAACUCUUCAGGCCCCUCAAGAACCUGAAAGAACUCGACCUCUCCAACAAUAAACUCCGAUCUUUGGGUUUUCUAGCUGAGGCUACGCUAUCGACUCUCAACUUUCUCAACCUGAGUGAAAACGAGCUGUUGGUCAUCAACGAAACCGUGUUCCAUUCCCUGCCUGUCCUGACCUACCUGGACCUGUCAGAGAACCCUCUGGCAUGCGAGUGCUCCAAUUCUGGAUUCAUCCGCUGGGCUAUAGAAAACAACCAAACCCAGAUAGCUCAUGGUCAUGGCUACACUUGUGUUUUUCCCGUCAGCCAGGGAGGAAACCGACUCCUGGAAUUUGAUGUGCUCUCAUGUUGGGUGGACGUGCAAUUCCUCUGCUUCCUUUCCACCGCCGUUCUCGUCUCGUUGGUCCUCCUGUCCUCCUUCGUCCACCGCUUCCUGAGGUUUCACCUCACCUACGCCUACCACGUCUUCCUGGCUUUUCUCUACCACAAGAGGAGGAGGAAGAACAUUGCCCCCCACCGGUACGACGCCUUCGUCUCUUACAACAUGCAGGACGAGGCCUGGGUCUACGAGGAGCUGGUUCCAGAGCUGGAGGGUCAGCAGGGCUGGAAGCUCUGCCUGCACCACAGAGACUUUGAACCAGGCAGGCCCAUCGUAGAAAACAUCACGGAUGCCAUCUACAGCAGCAGGAAGACGAUCUGUGUGAUCAGCCAGCACUACCUGCAGAGCGAGUGGUGUUCCAGAGAGAUCCAGAUGGCCAGCUUCCGCCUGUUCGAUGAGCACAGAGACGUGCUGAUUCUGCUGUUCAUGGAGGACGUCCCGGGACACCUCCUCGGUGCAUACCACCGCAUGAGGAGUCUAGUGAAGAGGCACUCCUACCUGAGCUGGCCGAGAUCCGCUCGCACCAUCUUCUGGCAAAAUGUACAGCGAGCUCUGGAGAUCAGAGAGGAACUCUUUGAAUCUCCGUUUCCAUGGCAAUCUGUUUCCUGUUGA